GAACUUACAGAAGGUAAUACAAAGAAGAAUAGAUAGGGAGCAAAAACGCAGAGAUAGAGAGAGAGAAAUAGAGAGGAAGAAUUAAUCUGUAAAAAGAGAGGUGGAAUUGGAAACCAUGGAUUCUAGAGAGCCCAAGAGAGAAUCACUGCAUGAUAAGCUACAGCUUCUUCGUUCCAUCACUAAUUCUCAUGCAAUUAAUGAUACAUCAAUCAUAGUAGAUGCAUCAAAUUAUAUAAAAGAGUUAAAGCAGAAAGUUGAAAGACUGAAUAAAGAUGUAGCAAACACGAGCAACCAGAAUUCAUGGCCUCAAGUUACCGUGAAAACCCUAGAAAAGGGCUUCUUAGUGAAUGUUUAUUCAGCAAAAAGUUGCUCUGGAUUGCUUGUUUCCUUAUUGGAAGCUUUUGAGGAGCUUGGUCUCAGUGUUCUUGAAGCUAGGGUUUCUUGUAAAGACACCUUUCAUUUACAGGCAUUUGGAGGAGGAGAAAAUGAAGAAGAUGAAGAAAACUACAUCAAUGCCCAAAUGGUGAAACAAACAAUUUCAGAUGCCAUCAAGAACUGGAAUGGAAGCAAUGAACAAGACUGAUCAGAGACAUAUGCUGUUAUAUAUAUUUAUCUUUCUUAGCAUUUCCUUUGAAUUUUCCUUUCAUUUAGUUUAAUCAAAGGAAUCAAAUAGUUUUCUAAAAUGUUAAUAGGCCAUGAUCGAAUUGUGAUAAAACUCAAAAAACAUUUUGAGAAAUUAAUGAUCAAUCUACAUUUUUCUUGAUUUUGCUUUGA